AUGGAACAAGUGUGUUCAAACUUGAGGUGCUCUGCAGUCAUUGUGAUCCCAGAGGGUCAAGAAGUAGCGUUGUUCGAUCGCAAGUCAGUUUGCGAAAAGUGCUACGGCAAACCGAUUUGCACAAAGUGCGACCCUUCACCUGCAGACGCCAGUUCCGAUUAUGCCCAUAAGACAAAUUGUGCCAACUCAGAAGAAGACAUAAUCCAUACGUAUCUCCCGAAACCCAAGCCGGGCUACGCGAUCAGGCAUGUACAAGUCCCCGACGGAGAGGGUGGCAUGCGGGACGAGUAUGUUUCUCGCCGGGUGGAAUCCGAGAAGAGCAGCACCGAUUUCAAGCUGAUGAAGGGUAUCAAAAAGUUGUUCCAUUUUACCCAGCGGGCCUCUUAG